AUGCGUUUCACACCUCAAAUAUCGCUAGCCCUGACUAUGGCAAUGCAGGGCGUCUUGACCAUCCCCAGCGCAACAGCACGCUGCUCAGAGGGACUGGUCAACAUUGUCUUUAACGAUAAUUACACCCAAUCUCAACUGGCGCAGGUCACCGGCGCGACGAACUGGCUCACGUUCAGGUUCGGAACUGCGCCCAAGCAAAUCCCAAUGCUGCCCCAGAACAAGGAGGGCGUCGACAAGGCCAUCGCGGCAGUCACUGGCCCUAAUCCACCGGACUACUUGCUCACAUUCAACGAGCCCGACCUCGAUUACAAGACGGGAGAAGAACAACUGUCGGCCACGGACGCCGCCGAGUUGAUUGCACCGUUGCUCAAAAAGCGUGGAACCCAUACAAAGCUCAUCGCACCAGUGCUGGCCAACCAAACGAAACCCUGGCUUGAUGAUUUCUACCGCCUAUGCAAGUGCCAGGAUGCGUUCGAUCUAUACAAUGUCCAUAUCUAUCGACCAACUGUCGCCGAAGCCAAAGCCGAAGUGCAGACCUUCCGCGACAAGUUCAAUGACAAGCCUUUGUGGAUCAGCGAAAUUGCACCGGCCCACCUUACAGGAUCGUGUCCGACGACGAUUCCCUGGGACAAGUCACUCCAAUUCAUGCAGGAAAUCUACGCCUGGGGAGAGACAGUUGACUGGAUUCACAAGAUAUUCUGGAACUCGGGCAAUGAGAUCCAUUGCAGCGAUACCAAUGUGGCUGCCUCGUUUCUGGUUGACAAAAGCGACAAGCCGACGCCACUCUUGAAGCCGUUUAAUGAGUUGACUUGUUCGUGA